AUGGUGCAGAUCAAAGAAUUCCGCAUCACCAUGCCCUUUUCUCUCGACGAGUAUCGCGUGGGGCAGACAUACAUGCGGUCGCGCAUGCAAAUGGAGAACACCAAGGGACGCGAGGGCAUCGAAGUGAUCGCAAGCGAGCCGUUUAAAGACGACGUGUUGGGCGAGGGUCACUUUUCGCACGUCGUCUAUCACUUCCAAAGCCGCGCGCCCGCGUGGAUCCGCCCGCUCGCUCCGGUCGAGGCGCUGCGGCUCGAAGAAAAGAACUGGAACGCGUUUCCCCGAUGCCGCACGGAGAUUAGCUGUCCGUACUUCUCCAACUACAAGAUCACCACCGACUCGUUUCACGUCGCAGACCGUGGCGAAUCAGAGAACGCGCUGAAGCUGUCGGAUGCUGAGCUGGAGCUGCGCAAGGUGGACCACGUGGACAUCGCGUCGGCCGACAGGGACAUGUGGUCGCGAACCAUCGCGCGGAAGCGCACUGACCCCUCCAAGAUCGCCCUGCUUAAACUCAACCGCGGCCCGCUCGCGCCCGGAUGGCAGGAAACGUGUGGGCCUGUGAUGACGUCGUACAAGUUGAUUCGCGUGGAUGCGCCCUACUGGGGUUUCGGCAGGCAGAUGGAGCUCGCUGCGAUCGCCGCGCACCGCGCUCUUUACCUGGAGGCGUACAGAAAGUGCUACGCGUGGGCGGAUGAGUGGUGCGAGAUGACUGUCGCGGACGCGCGCCGGAUCGAGCAGGAAAACAUCGACAGAAUGCGAAAGAGCCUUUCCCUGAGCGACAGCGUGGAUGAUGAAGCUUUUAGUGAUGCUGUAGAGGAUGCAGUGGAGGGGGAGGAGGAAGGAGAGGAAGAGGGUGUGUUCAAGUCAGCAGUAACAGCUUUACCUGCUGUUGCUCCAGUGGCCGCAUGA